AUGGAAAGAGAGGAAAUGGCUUUGAAUACAGUGACUACAAAUGAUACUCUCAACGAUGAAAAUGUAGUACAUUCUGUGCAAAAACAAAAACUAAGUUCCCAAGUCGAACAACCUUCUUACCAAAACAAUGAUGAUAGGGAGGAGUACUCGAAGGCUGCAAGAAGUAGUGAAAACAGCAAAGCAAGAUCAGGAAGUAGUAAAGACUAUAGGAAGUCACGUGAUCCUGUUGAGGAGGAAGUUGUUCAGGGUGGACGUUCUACACGCACAAGGAUCAUAAAGAGACCGGUAGGUGAAAAUGAGGAUAUUGGGCAAAGAAAAGAUCGUGAUGAGAGGCAAGAGAUUGAAAAACACCAUGUUACUGUCAAAGGGAGGGAGGAUUCUUAUUCCCGUAAAAACUGGGACCCUAACUUGGUCCAUCCUUUGCAUGUGAAAACUGAAACUAUUGACAGGCGAAAGGAGAGUGAUACUUCUGAGGUAGCCUGGCAACGGAGAGGUGAAGAUCCACAUGGCAAGAGAACUAGACCUGAAGACACAAGAAAACGGGAGCAUAGUGAGGAAAUGGGGUCCAGGCACCGGAGUAAGGUUCGAGAAAAUGAGAGGAGUGAUAGAGAUGACCAUCAUCAGUUAAGAAACUAUUUUGACAAUGGUAGCUGGAGGGCUCAUGAUAAAGAUAUGGGGUCACGAUACAGGGAUAGGGAUGAUAAUUUGAAGAGUCGAAGUGAGAACAUGGAUGAUCUCCACAUCAAAAGAAGGAAAGACGAGACGCAAUCAAGGAGGGACAAUGCUGAAAAAGACGUCUUGCAUAUACACAGAGAAAAUUCCAGUCGGCGAAAGCGAGAAAGAGAUGAUGUUCUGGAUCAGCGGAAGAGAGAUGACCAAGCAAGAUUCAGAGAUGAUGAUCAGCAUCAAGCAAGGCACAAAGAAGAGGGCUUCUUUCAGAGGGAGAGGGGUGAGAGGCAGAGAGAGCAUGAUGAAUGGCACAGACUUAAACAAUCCCAUGAAGAGAGUUUAUCAAAGCGGGAAAGAGAUGGUGGGCGGGGAGAUUUGAGGAGUGGGCGAAAUACAGAAGACAAAGCAUGGGCUGCCAAUUCGAGGGCGAAGGAUGACUAUAAAGGUUCUGAUAGGGAGUACCUAAAAGAUGCUGGGCGACAUGUUGAGCAACUAAAGAGAAGGGAUCGAGUUGAGAAUGAAAGUUUUUCCAUGCAUAGGGGACGUGAGGAUGCUUACACACGUGGAAACCAGCUCACUAAUGAUGGGAAACGAGCAAGGCAUGAGAGGGCAAGCAGUCGAAAUGAUCGUGCUGUCAAUGCUUCUGACAACCAUAGGGUGCACGAAAAGAGACAAAAAGAGAACAUAAGGAAGGGCAGAGAAUUAGAGGAUGGUGAUCACAUCUCUUUGACCCCUUCUAAGAGGAAUCAAGAAGAGCACAAUGGUCAAAUAAGUGAGACGGUAUGCUACUUUUCUGGAUAUAAAUAA